AUGUCCGCGGCUGCAGGUUCCACUGUCGCCGCGCUUGCUGCCAUUGCCGCGACAACAACAACCACCACAACAGUUACCACCUUAGCCACGGCAGCAGCGACGGCAUUCGCAGCAGCAACAGCGACGAGCAGCAGCAAUCACAGUAAUGUCGCCAACAUAAUGGGCGCCGGCAGCGACGUUGCGGCGAGUGGGACUGCGAGCGCUGCUAGCAGCGCCGAUCAUUUGCCGCUUCAAUUGACCACCGCCAAAGUGGAUCUGGACAUUGAAAUCGACAUUCAACUGCUCACAAACGGCUACGAAGGCACAACGCUGACUUCAUACUUCAAUGACACGUCGUGGAUAAAUCCAUCCGAGGCCGAUACCAUAGUGGGCAUCUUCCUGUCAGUGCUGAUUUUUCUAUCGGUCGCCGGCAAUAUACUCGUCUGCCUCGCCAUUUAUACGGAACGCAGUUUGCGACGCAUCGGCAAUUUAUUUCUGGCGUCAUUAGCGAUAGCGGAUUUAUUCGUUGCAUCCCUGGUGAUGACAUUCGCCGGCGUCAAUGAUCUGCUGGGUUAUUGGAUUUUCGGCGCGCAAUUUUGUGAUACUUGGGUCGCUUUCGAUGUGAUGUGCUCAACGGCGUCAAUUUUGAAUUUAUGCGCCAUCUCAAUGGACCGUUAUAUACACAUAAAGGAUCCACUCAGAUAUGGUCGCUGGGUGACACGACGUGUCGCAGUCAUUACAAUCGCUGCCAUUUGGCUGCUGGCCGGAUUUGUCUCGUUUGUGCCAAUCUCGUUGGGUCUGCAUCGACCGGAGCAGCCGUUAAUUGUAGAAGACAAUGGAAAGCGGUAUCCCACGUGCGCGCUGGACCUGACGCCAACCUAUGCGGUAGUAUCCAGUUGUAUCAGUUUCUACUUUCCAUGUCUGGUCAUGAUUGGCAUAUACUGUAGACUCUACUGCUACGCGCAGAAGCAUGUAAAGUCCAUCAAGGCGGUGACGAGACCCGGCGAGGUGGCCGAGAAGCAACGCUAUAAGAGUAUACGACGCAACAAAAACCAACCGAAAAAGUUCAAAGUGCGCAAUCUGCACCACAGUUCGCCCUAUCAUGUCUCUGAUCAUAAGGCCGCCGUCACGGUCGGUGUCAUCAUGGGCGUCUUCCUAAUCUGUUGGGUGCCAUUCUUUUGUGUCAAUAUUGUCGCCGCCUUUUGUAAGACCUGCAUUGGGGGACAGACCUUUAAAAUACUCUCGUGGCUGGGCUACUCCAACUCGGCCUUCAAUCCCAUUAUUUACUCAAUAUUCAAUAAGGAAUUUCGUGACGCCUUCAAGCGCAUACUCACCACACGAAAUCCAUGGUGUUGCCGACAGGAGGUUGGCAAUAUACAUCCGCGCAACAGCGAUCGUUUCGUAACCGAUUAUGCGGCGAAAAACGUGGUUAUGAUGAAUUCAGCACGCUCGUCGGCCGAACUGGAACAAGUGUCUGCGAUUUGA